CAAAGCGUAAAAUUUUGUCUACGGUGUCUAAAAUAUUUGAUCCAUUAAAUCUGUUAGGUCCAGUCAUUGUUAAGGCUAAAUUGAUUAUACAAAGAUUAUGGGAAAUGAAACUUGGUUGGGAUGAAAGAAUACCCGCCGAAUUAGUAAAAAUAUGGUUACAAUUGUUAGAUGAAUUUACAAUUUUGAACAAUAUCCGAAUACCUCGAAAGGUGAUUAGUCACUAUCCGUACAGCCGUAUUGAAAUGCAUGGGUUUUGUGAUGCUUCGCAAAGAGCAUAUGGUGCAUGUGUCUACAUACGCACACACAGUGCAAAUGGUUCCGUCUCAUCCAAUUUAUUGUGCAGUAAAUCGCGUGUAGCACCACUUAAAACAAUUACCAUUCCCAGAUUAGAGUUAUGUGCAGCCCUAUUGUUAGCUAAGUUAGUAAAUAGCGUCAUUCAAAAUUUAAGAACAAGGGUGGACGAGAUAUUUUAUUGGACGGAUUCGAUGAUUGUAUUAGCAUGGUUGGCAACUUCACCAUCCGUAUUAAACACCUAUGUAGCUAAUAGGGUCAGCCAAAUUCAAACCUUAACUACCGUUGAAAAAUGGCACCACGUAAUCUCAAACGAAAAUCCCGCGGACAUAAUUUCACGAGGGGCGCUUCCCAGUGAACUAAUCAAUAAUCAAAAAUGGUUUAACGGGCCCGUCUGGCUCAGCAAAAGAGAGGAAAUUUGUCCAGAUAAAAUCGUCCAACCCACAGAAAUAUUGGAAGUAAAAAGAUCUUGUUUAGUGGGUGUUAGUCAUUCUGAAUUCAACUUUCUAGAGAGAUUUUCUUCAUUUUUCAAACUGCAACGCGUCAUCGCCAAUUGUUUUCGAUUCAUUCACAAUUGUCGAAAUAAGGGUAACAAGGUAGAAAAUGAAUUUUCAAGGAACGAAUACGCUAGGGCCACAACUGCUAUAAUAUCAAUGCUACAAAAAUUAGAAUUUUCAAACGAAUUAAUCAAACUUGGAAAUAAUUUGUCCGUUAGCAAAUCUAGUAAAUUAAGAACACUUAAUCCCUUCUUAGAUAAGGACGGCAUUAUAAGAGUAGGGGGACGUUUGCGUAACGCCAGUAUAGGUUACGAACAAAAACAUCCCAUUGUGUUGCCCAAGCAUCACGUGACAAAAUUAAUAAUUCAAGAAGAACACGUGGCCAAUUUACAUGCUGGGCCCACAGCAACACUGACAGCAAUUCGCCUAAAAUUUUGGCCCUUAGCAGGUAGAGCCCAAGUAAGGCAGGUAAUUCACAAUUGUUAUAAUUGCUUUCGUGUAAAACCAGUGAGCGUAAAUCCAAUCAUGGGCGACUUACCAGCGUCACGAAUGGUAAAGGAACGACCGUUCAAAAAUACUGGACUAGAUUAUGCCGGUCCGCUAUUCAUAAGAGACGGAAAAACGCGAAAUAGACGUACAGUAAAGGUAUAUAUUGCACUUUUUGUAUGCUUUUCCACUAAGGCAAUUCAUUUAGAGCUGGUCGGUGAUAUGACCACGGAGAGCUUUUUGAACGCGUUAAAAAGAUUUAUGGCGCGUCGAGGACUGGUAGACAACAUUUACUCUGAUAACGGUAGUAAUUUUGUAGGUGCAAUGAAAGAGUUAAAGGAAUUGUUUAAGGCAGAUAAGUUCAAAGAAAUUUUAACUGAGGUCAGCAGAAAAAACAUAAAUUGGCAUUUUAUACCAGUCAGAGCACCUCACUUUGGAGGCAAUGCAAUGCUGACAUAUGAGGAGCUGUAUACCCUGCUGGUAGGUAUAGAGGCUUGUCUAAACUCGCGGCCGUUAUGUCCAUUGACGGAAGAUCCGAACGAUGACGAAGUCCUGACGCCAGGACAUUUUUUAAUUGGCAGUUCAUUAACAGCUAUACCGGAACCUGAUAUGAGCGACUGGAAGACGGGACGCUUAUCCCGAUGGCAACAUGUUGAGCAAAUUCGUCAGCACUUUUGGCGUCGAUGGUCCCGGGAAUAUUUGGGUCAUUUACAACCUAGGGCGAAGUGGCAUCGAACUACCUCCCAAAUACAGCCGGGGAUGUUGGUCCUCCUGAGGGAUCCCAGUCCACCCCUAAAUUGGCGACGAGGACGAGUGGUAGAACUCCAUCCAGGCCCUGAUGGAUGCACCAGGGUCGUAUCAGUACGUGUCGGGGACCGCAUAAUGAAGAGAGCCGUCAGGACGUUGGGGGUACUACCGGUGGAUUGAACAAGCCGUUCAAUGCGGGCCGGGAUGUUCGGGCCAAUCGAGAAGCCCGCCGUGCAACCAGCGACGGAAGGGAGGGGGACACAACCACCCUCUUCCACUUCAAUUUGUAAAUAGUUUUUAGUUCUGUACGAGUUAGGCUAGGUAAAUAAACGAUAAAAGUACA